AUGUCCAACCUCCCAUAUGCCGCAGAUGCGGAAAGUCCCUUGAAGCCCGCCGAACUACAGGUCCUCCGGGCACAGUACGAGAAAGAAGGCGACUAUGUCGGAAUCCAGACAAAGUUCAACUACGCAUGGGGUCUGAUCAAAUCCAACGCUCGGUCCGAGCAACAAGAAGGCGUUCGCCUUCUGUCCGAGAUCUUCCGCGGAGCCCCAGAACGCCGACGUGAAUGUCUAUACUACCUAGCACUUGGCAACUUCAAGCUUGGGAACUACGGCGAGGCCCGUCGAUACAACGAUCUGCUCCUCGAGAAAGAGCCCGCAAACCUGCAAGCCGCCAGCCUCGGGUCACUCAUUGAUGAUAAGGUCGCCAAGGAAGGUCUGAUGGGCAUUGCCAUCGUUGGUGGCUUAGCGGUUGCAGCAGGAGUGGUUGGUAGUCUGAUUGUCAAGGGAGCCAGAAGACGGUAA